AAUAGCUUUAGGACCCAACAAAGCGGAGGAGUUUGGUUUCACCUAGAGGUAAAAAAGAAAUGUGGUUGUUUGGAAGAGGUUCAUCUGGAUUCUCAUUUUCUAACACAGCCGAGGAAGUGACUAAUGGAAUCGACGCUACUGGUCUUACUGCUAUCAUCACUGGUGCAGCAAGUGGUAUGGGUGCCGAGGUUGCACGUGUGAUUGCGUUGCGUGGUGCUCAUGUUGUCAUUGCUGACAGAAAUGUGACAGCAGGUAGAGCUGUCAAAGAAGAUAUAAUAAAAGAAAGCCAUAACGCUAAGGUUGAUGUUAUGGAAUUAGACCUCAGCUCCAUGGCAUCAGUGAGAAAAUUUGCAGACGAAUUCAAAUCGUCGGGUCUCUCACUCAACAUUCUUAUUAACAAUGCUGGAAUUGCGACCAAUUUCAAGCUUUCCCAAGACAAUAUAGAGUUGGUAUUUGCAACCAAUCAUUUAGGUCAUUUUCUUUUGACAAAUCUUUUAUUGGAUACCAUGAAAAGCACAGCGCGUAAAAGCAAAAUAGAAGGAAGAAUUAUAAAUGUUGCAUCUGCAUUACACUGGUUGUCAUCAUAUGGUGAAGGGAUUCGCUUCGAUAACAUCAAUGAAAAAAUAACAGGGCGACAUAUUUUGUGGUCAUAUACACAAUCUAAACUCGCAAAUAUAUUGCAUGCUAACGAGCUCGCUAGACGCCUCAAGGAAGGUGAGGUUCAUAUUACGGCAAAUUCACUUCAUCCGGGAACUAUUGUCACCCCAAUUUAUCAGCAUACACCUAACACCGGCAAAUUCUUAUCAAUUCUUGGGAGACUUUUUACAAAAAAUGUUCAGCAGGGGGCAUCAACAGCAUGUUAUGUCGCGUUACAUCCCGAUGUGAAAUGCAUUAGUGGACAGUACUUUGUUGACAACAAUAUCUCAACAUCACACUCUAAAGCUCGAGAUAUAUUACUAGCAAAAAAAUUAUGGGAUUUCAGUAUGGAAAUGACCCAAAACUGAAGAUUAAUUGUAGUUGAUGCAUGAUGGCAAUAAACAUCCCAAUAGCUGUAAACCUUAUCUUUGAUGAGGUUUUUAACAGUUCUAUAUAAAUUACCAAUACUCAAGAUUGAAUUUGCAGUCAUAAAUUAUUAGUUUUCCUAAAAGGUAGUAAAAGAGAAGCAAUGGAGUUCUUUACAGCACCACCUUGCAUUAGGUUUUAUCAUUACUCAA